AUGGUCGAGAACGAACUUGGAAGCUCAAGCUCCGAAGCUGAAGUGGAGGAGGAGGCCCGCAGCGAGCCUUCUCCGAGGAUGUGUGCUCAAAAAGCGAGGACGGAGGCCGAGACUUCCGUGAAACCCGUGACGGAGGAGAGGCCUUCGGCUCCGACGAAUUCCGCGCCCGCGCUGCCGCAGGCUCCCACGCAGCUCCUCGCGCCAAGCGAAGAGCCGGUGAGGCGCCGGUCCUCCCUGGUGCCAAGGGAGCUGCAGCAAUCAGGCACUCCCGCCGACGUCGAAGCGGCCAAAGUGCGCCGCGCCGUAGCAGCCGCGAAGAAGCGCGUGCAGAAGGCGCGCGCCAAGCCGAAAGCCAAGCAAGAGAAGCCGAAGAAGAAAGUCACCUCCAGGUCUGAGCUCCUGGUGUCGCUCUUCAACGCCUUGGGUGGCCAAGAGACAGGCUACUUAGGC